AUGUCACCAAAGAUGAUGUACCUCGUGGUUGCCGGGCUCGUUCCCAGCAUAGUCUUUGCUAAAGCCGUGGACCUCACGCCCCGCGCCAUUGUUUGCGACUUUUCCACGGAGCCUGUCAGCGGCGACACGUGCGAAAGCUUUGCGAGUAGCUGGGGCCUGUCUGUCGAUGAUCUAAAGAAAUUGAACCCCGGUGUGCAGUGCCCUGGGUUGGACGGCUCCAGGUCGUAUUGCGUGAUCGGCACCGUCAACUCGGACCCCGAACCAACUACGACUACGCGACCUCCCAUCACCACCUCCAAGCCAUCCACAACUGCGCCUCCCACAACGUCAACAACGAGCCCAGCCGCGCCGAGCAACUCUCCCACUAUGCCUGGAGUCGCAGCCAACUGCGAUAAGUUCUACAAAGUGUCAUCUGGAGACCAGUGUGACAUCAUUUCUUCCAAGUUCGGCAUCAGCACAGCCCAACUCAAGAACUGGAACAGCGAGAUUAACACGGGUUCGUGA